AUAAAAAAAUUGGUAAAGGAGUGUGGAGACCGUGUUGGGCAGUUACAAAAUUAAAUCAAACAAAAACACACCGAAGCCUCAUUUAUAUAUAAAAAACGCCACCGUUUCAUUCAUUCAAUCGUUGAAGAUUCAAACACGCGCUCUUUCACCAUCUUCUUCUUCAUCGCAGAAAAAAAAUCUCAAAACAAAAACCGAUUUAUUUUCUCUCUCUCUCUGAAAAACUAGCGAUGGCAGAUCAACUCACUGACGAUCAGAUCUCUGAGUUCAAGGAAGCUUUCAGUUUAUUCGAUAAGGAUGGCGAUGGUUGCAUCACAACAAAGGAGCUUGGAACUGUUAUGCGUUCAUUGGGGCAAAACCCAACUGAGGCAGAGCUUCAGGACAUGAUCAAUGAAGUAGAUGCUGAUGGGAAUGGUACUAUUGACUUCCCUGAGUUUCUAAACCUCAUGGCAAGGAAGAUGAAGGACACUGACUCUGAGGAGGAGCUGAAAGAGGCGUUUCGGGUUUUCGACAAGGAUCAGAAUGGUUUCAUUUCUGCUGCUGAGCUUCGCCAUGUGAUGACCAACCUUGGUGAAAAGCUCACUGAUGAAGAAGUUGAUGAGAUGAUCCGAGAGGCUGAUGUUGAUGGUGAUGGCCAAAUAAACUACGAGGAAUUCGUUAAGGUGAUGAUGGCCAAGUAAUCUCUUUCACAUUCAAAUCCACAAAAACCUUAAUUAAGAAAAUGUUGAUUAAAUGAAUGAUGACAAAAGGGAAGGGACAAUGUUUACUUGUAUAACAGUGCUUUGUAGUAAUCAUUGUCCUUUCUUCUUACAUUUUAAUUUCAUGGUUAAAUGUUAAUUAGUGGUAAUUUGGUAAGUCUUGAAUCUUAUGGUUGUGGUUGAUUGGUGUCUUUCUUAGUUUGUCGUGUAAUUUUAUCCUUAAAAAAAAAGUUGUAAUGUUAAUGUUACUUCAGUUUCUAGUACCACUUCUCAUUUUUGGUGAAUGGUGAUGAAUAUUAUUGUUAUUGUAAUAAUGAUAUUUGACAUUCAGCCCUGCAAUAUUUGCAAUAUUUUCUUAUUCUUGAA